AUGUCCCUACAAGUGCCUGGCAUGAAGUCUCGUGCAGGCCCCGGAUUGCUCAAACCCAACUCAAAGCCUUUUCUUUCCCUCUCGGAUCAUGGAUGCCUGAAAACUCCAACGAUGAGCGACUUGCUCAAAACGCCCACGGUUCUCACGUCACCCAAAAAAGCUCCAUUGACUAUCGAUGGGACUCCGAGGAUCCAUCACUUCAGUGGAUUCACCCCUCACACCCACCAAGCUUUCUUCGGAGAUCAUGAGCCGCUUCUUUCAGGUUUUCUAAACCGUUUGAUAUUCAAAAAUUUCAAUAUUAUAGGCAACAUCGAGAUCCAGUCUAUCUCUCAUUCUUCCGGCGUGAGUAGUACAGAUGGUGAGAACAUUCUCAAUAAGUUGUUGACAUUUAUGAAAAAAAGAAAGAAAAAAAUUUAUUAUUUUUUUAGAGUCUAUUCUCUUUGAACGUAAUGGGUUGAAUCUCAAGUGUUAAUAAAACAGAAAAAUUUACAGCUCUUCCUAAUCCUCUCGAGAGGAUAAAUUUACAAAAUGCUGAAUGAUAUCUAUGGUGAAAUCCGGAAAACUCGUUUUUUGUAAAAAUUUAUUUGAUUCUCUGUCCUAAAAAUUCGUUUUCUAAUAUAGCUCGUUUUUCUUGACUUUAAAAUGCGGACUUUUCUGCGCCCUCCUUGUCUCUCGGCGGCUCUCUCAUCUUGAAGUUCUUAUUUCGCGCUUCUCUGACCUCACCGCUGAGGGAACAGGGAAACGCAGACAGUCGAAAUUUUCAACUUCUGUUGGGCAAACCAUCUCAAAUUUAUACUAUUCACCUUGACGAACUUGAACUAAAUUCUCAUAAAAAAAUUAUCAUUUUGACGUCAGUUUCCUCAGAAUUCUGAACGAAAAAAAUUUGAUUCUCUGCAAUGUAAUUCACACGCAUUCGACUUUUUAAGGUUUCUAAGUUUGUAAAAUAGAAAAAGAAAAAUGCUCGAUAGUCCUCUUUAUUACUCAUUUUUCAUGUUUUCUAGGCUCUAUCAAAACAUAUUCGAAUUAUCUUUUCAGGCUCAUUAAGUACAAAUGGCUCGGAAAACGGCGGCAAGUCAGAUACGACGACCAUCCAAUUCAAAGGAACAAUAACUGCCAGCAUGCCGGUCAACCUCACGACUUCUUCAAACUCACCUGGUAUGAUUUUACAUAUAAUCUCUUCUUGAAUUUCCCAUAAACUCUUCAAAAAAUACAUUCAGACAAAUCUCCUGGUCUGACGGCUACGAUGUUCCAAUUCUCACCAAUGGUUGAACAUUUUCUCCAGUCCUUGACUAAGGUUUCAGUGGAGGGAAUUAGAUGAAUUUAUUUUUUUUUCAGGGAAAUGGUCUGCCGGAACUCACCGUUGUUGAUGCCAAAACUCCUGGAGGCAGAAACGAGUCGAAUGAUUUGAUGAAGGUUUUGUGAUUGAGAUUGGAACUCGAGAAAUUAUCCUUUUAGGCAAUGCGCAUCCCCGCUGAAAUAAGGGUUGAAGACACUUCUGCUCAAGAGCGGAAGCCUCAAGUGGCGCCUCAAGUGACGGUAAUUUAUAAAAUUUGUAAGAUAAAUACGAAUUUUGAAGAAUCAAAAAUAAAACUUAUUCAAGCGCUAUUGAUAAUAAAUCUCUUUGGACAAAGUAAAAAGAGAUUUUUAUCCUGCCAAACUGAUUUUUCAAGAGCUGUCCCACAUUUUUUUCAUCCAUUUACAAUGGAAGAUUCUAGGGUUUUCUGAACAACGACAGUCCUCCAAGUCUAGAACCUCACUAUGGCCAACUUCUUCCUUCUUACAAUGAUAUCAAUUACAAGUGAGGAUUGAAGAAGUGUUUGAAAAUUUGUAUUUUUUCUAGCGAUCCCGGCAUUUUUGAGACAAAGUCGGAACCUAUCGAUGACUACACUUACAAUCCUCAGCAGCCCAUUUUCCCUCAUCAAACCUCAGGUCUGUGAAUAUUGAAUUAUCAGUUCUAGAAUGGGAUUUAGAAGAAAACGACUACGUCUUAUUCGAUUUGCAAUCAACUUCCGCGGAAGCCAGAACCAGAGCUCCACGUGGUCACUACGCUAAUCUCAAAGCCACGAAGAACAAUACACAAAGCUGCAAUGAAGUUAGUCGCUCUGAAUUUCAUUAAAUGAUUUAUUAAAUCAAAAGAGUGUUCCCAACGGAAGUUUAAAUUUUUUAGCUCUUCAAUGAAAAAGCAUAAUUACUUUUCCAAACUACAGUUUAUGAGAACAUUUUGAAUUCGAAACCAACGCUUUCUUUAUCUAUGAAAAUAAAAAUGUUUCAGUCGCCGAAUCCAGAUCGUCCUUACAAAUGCCCCCGGACCGGUUGUGAGAAGAAAUUUUCUCGAAGUGAUGAACUCACGCGUCAUCUGCGAAUCCACACCGGUCAUAAACCAUUCCAGGUUUACAGUUUCGCAUUUUUUUGCGAACUAGAAGCUUUUCAGAAUAUGAAACAUCUUAACCAAAAAUUAUUUAUUUUUGCUUAUUAGUCAUAGAUAAUUGAAUAGCGGUGAACAAAAAUUCUCCGAGCUAUAACUAAAAAAAGAACAGCCGUCUUCGGCGAACUAGACGUCUAAAGGCGAAGUUGAUCAAGUUGAAAACAUGGUCGAACAGUCCUUAGCCUUUUUUUGGUCCGUGGUUCAUCCAGUUGUGCCUUGAUGAACUCAGAAACUAACGAAUCUUGUGCUGGAGUCCUUCGAAAUAAGAGCAGCCAAUUCAAAUUAAAACUUCAAACCUUUCAAGAAGAAGUUGAAUGAGAUUAUUGAUCAAUAUUUCAGUGUCGCAUUUGUAUGAGAGCCUUCUCUCGGUCGGAUCAUCUGACGACCCACGUAAGGACUCAUACGGGUGAGAAGCCGUUCACCUGCGAUGUUUGCGGCCGCAGAUUCGCCCGUAGCGACGAACGCAAGCGUCACACCAAAGUUCACAAAGUUAGUUUCAUUUCGGAUAGAAUUAUUUGUAUCAUAUGCCGUAUAAUUCCGCCUUCAGUUUUAGAAACACGAAGGCAGGUCGAAGAUUGCUCAGUCCAGCUCUGCCUUAAACUAAUUUUGCAUAACUGAUAUUUAUUUGUAUUUUUGCUGUGAUUAUUUGCCUCCUUUCAUGAUAUCAAAUUCAUCAGUUUAUCGCUUCCGCUCUAUGGGAUUAGUCUUCUUAUUAGAACAAGAACGGUUAACUACUCGGUAUCUUGGAUCCUUUUGAUGUGCUUCUGCAAUAACUUUGCCACUUUUUUUGUAUCUUCUUUUUUCACGAUUGUCCAAUUUGGUCCUUCAAGCAUAUAUCAACGGCAUAUUUAUUUUAUAAUGCAUUUUUUUUUGUAUAAAUGAACUUCAAAGAACGAUGAAAACGAAGGUUAACUGAGGUUUUUAAGAAAAUUCCGUGUAAAAUCUUCACUCGAAAUGGUCGCUCUCAUUCUGAGGCUUCCACCUAGAGCACGGUUUCCGGGCUCCAGCUACACCAUCCACUACAUUCUGAGCUCGUCAAGGCGCAACUGAACGGACUACGCGCCGAAGAUCGAGGCGAAGGACCGUACGACUAUGCUUUCAACUUGAUCAACUACACGUUUGGACUUCUAUUUUGCCAAAGGCGGUUGUCCGCUAUAGCUUUUGAAGUUCUUGUUCACCGCCUAGUCGAUUACAUCAGACUGAAACAACAAAAUAAAUGAUUUGAUUUGAAAAGAACGAAAAUAUUAGAAUAAACUUGACUACCUCGGCCAAAAGCGCAGGAAUCGGUUUUUGUAGAAUUUCGACUGAAAAGAGUGUUCGAGAGAAGUUUCAGGCCAAGUCAACAUUCAAAGAAUCCAGAAGACACUUUUUACAACAAAAAAUUAACAGGGAAGAUCAGCUAUCACAAAGAAAAAGAGACCAACGAAUGACUUCUUUAUCACAUUUUCUUAUCAUCGAUGAGAAUUGGAUAUUGAUUGCACGUCUUUGAUAGCUCAAAUGUCUUUUGAUUCCGAGAGCAGCAUUUAUUCUGAAGAUGAAUCCAAUCUCCAACGCAUUGUUCUCCAUGUUUAUGAUGAUGAAUCUAAGGAAUUCGCUUCUCUUACUACUUAUCAUGGCAUGGUUCGUUGCAAGGGAGAUAAUCAUGAUUUCCAGCUGGUUUCUGCAAAUUUCAGAUUCGAAUAUAUACUUCUCAAACCUGGCCUUCGCGAAUUUUUUGGUGUUUUGUUGUUGUCACAUGUUUGACACUGUUCAUGGUGCAGGUACGAUUUUUUUCAGAAAAAUAAAUUUAGAAUGAAAAGUUGAACUUUGCACUCACCUCGAUUUGAACCAUGGCUUGUAACUUUUUUUUUCUACACCGUCUAUGUCUUGGUAAAAUGAAAAGAGCACGUAUUUAAGAGAGAUCAUGUGGAAAAAAUGUCAAAUAGCGGCAAAUCGAGAAUCACAAGUGAAAACGAGUUGAAAAGGCUUAUCAAAGUUAAUCAAAAAUUUUUGGAAUUUCUAAUUGAACUCCUUUCAGACGGGUACACUCUUACAGUUCUACAGAUCACAUCCGACAACUUUAGAAAGAAAAGAGAUUGAUGUUUCUGGAAAAUACAUUCCUGCUGUUACUAUUUGUCCUUUGAGUUUCAAAGCAGAUGAUAAUAUACAUGGUAAGAAGAAAAAUUUUUCUAUAAGCUUUCAAUAAAAGACAGCCGAUUCUUGAACGAGUUGCACUCGGCAUUGUUCAGCUCUUGGUACGAAAAAGAUGAUUUUUUAAAUGGAAUUCUAACAAAUGUCACUGCUUUGUCCACGCGAGAGUUAAUCAACACUUAUAGGUUUAUUUUUUUUUUUUUUUAAAUCAAGAAAAACCUUUUUUUAUACUUUUUAAAGUUCAAAAAGCUGAAAAAAAUUUAGAUAAAUUUUAACUGUUCUGUUUCAGCUACACUUGCUCAGAUUUUUAUCACUCGGACGUCUGUAGGAGGCCACUUGUUCAAAAAAACCCGUGCAAAAAUUUUUUUAAAAACCGUCGUCAACGAAAACGGCGUUUGUUUCAAAACGAAAGCUUGGGAAAAGUCCCCAACAAAGCCGUUAAAGAUUUAUUUCAACUCGAAGUUCUCAGGUAUUUAUGAUAUUUUUUCAAAAUUAAAGCAGUUAUUCAGGAAAUGGAUUGAUUAGCGUUCAUGGGAAAUUCGACGUCCCUGUGAAAAGUUCGAAAACGUUCUGGUUCAAGGCAUCAAGAUCCACUUUUGCACAAGUUUCUAUUAGUGAGGUAGCUCCUUAUUUUUUAGAAUUAGCUGAACUUGUUUUCCAGCUCACUCAAAAUGAUUGGGGAACAUGUGAGAUGGACAAUCUGGCAAGAACAUUUUAUGAACAGGAAAUUUGUCAGUUGAGGUGUUUAGUUAGCGCGUAUCGUGAGAGGUUAGUCAAUUUUCCCCCCUAAUCAUGCAGACGUUUCUUAAAAAUCAUUCCAUGCAACAACAUCUUUUCAGCUGUGGUUGUGUUCCUUCUUUUGCACUUUUUUCUACUCCUUAUUGCACAUUGAAGGAUUUUGUUUCUUGCAAACCAGGUUCAAAACUUUUAAUUUUUUUUUCUCGACUUUUUUUUAAAAUUCCACACACUUGCGUCUUACAGCAAAAACGAAAAACUGCACUUGUCCCACGGAAUGUUAUUCCAUGAUCUACAAAAUCACAACUCAAUCUUCUCUAUUGGCCGUUCAAAAGUAUGAAUUCAAAGAAAUUUCAACAUGAUUUUGUUUUUGAGCACGACAUCUGUUAUAAUAUCACUAGAUUUGCCCAAAGUGCGAAGCUACCAUCUACUGAAACGCAUGAAACAGGUUGACUUAAUGAGUUCGUUUUUUGCGGAUUUUCUUCAAACGGCGACGGCUUUUUCAGGUUACGUUGGAGGCGUGAUGGGACUAUUCCUUGGAAUGAGUUGCGUAACGCUUCUAGAAGUCUUCAUUUAUUUGUUCAAAAGUGUUUGGGGGACCUUGAAUGAUGAAGUAUAGAAUGGAGUGAUCAGAAAUUGUCAAAUAGGGAAUUUUCAGAGGCACAAAACAUUUGUCGACGGUCUCAUUCCCAAUGAACCAGGCGACUUCCGCGCAUCACAUGAAGAGAUCAUCAUUACUCAGAAAAUUCAGCAGUAUGUCUUCUACUAUUUUCUCACGAUGGUGGGAUUACUACUGAAAUAUUGCUCUAUUUAUGAAAAAAAAAAAUUUAAAGACGGGUUUCAAAAAAUUUUUCACGCGAAACCUAAAACUUUAUUUUCAGAGACCACAAAACAGAACCGACUUCGAAUAAGUGA